AUGAUUUUGAAAGGAUCCAAACCUUGUGACAACCGGCGAUUUCUCGUGUUCGUCUUCUUCUCCGCCGUUCGUCCCUCGUUUCUUCAACAUCGCCUCCCUAAGAAUUUGAAAGGAUUCUUCAGUGAUUUUCUGUCUACAUCACGACUACGUCUGAAAUUUUCAUCUCCGAGAUGGAAUCAAAAUCUACCUCCGGUGUUCUCCGUCGCAAGGCACGGUCGUACAGAUACUAUCCAUACAGUUCGGGGAGCGUCUCUGGAAAAGAGGAGAUGA